CCACAAGAAUCAAAACCCAACUCAUCCAUUUUCUUCUAUAUCAAUACACAGCUUGUGCUCCUUUCUCUGAUGUGAAGAAGGGAAAGAGGGAACAAGGAUCGUUAACGCUAAUGGCAUUGAAGACAUUCUCUACUGGGAGCCUUUACAGGAGGUUCAAGCCACACCUGCUCAUGGUUCUUGCUCAGAUUGGCUAUACUUUUCUCUACUUCAUCACUGAAGCUUCCUUCGAACAUGGGAUGAAUCCUCAUGUCUACAUAACUUAUCGACACAUUGUCAGUAGUAUUGUGAUGCUCCCUUUUGCCUAUUUUCUUGAAAGAAAAAAGAGGCCAAAGCUGACGAUAGGUCUUUUUGUGGAAAUAUUCAUUCUCUCUCUGCUAGGGGUGGGUUUGACUCUCAACAUGUAUUUUGCAAGCUUGAGAUACACGUCUCCAACUUUCGUUGCAUCAAUGGUUAACACCAUAGCUUCCUUGACCUUCAUAAUUGCAGUUGCAUUAAGGUUGGAAGGUCUUGAUCUUGGAAAUCCUCGUGGAAUAGCAAAAGUUGUCGGGACCUUGGUUUCGUUGGCCGGAGUAAUGACUAUGACAUUAUAUAAAGGUCCUAUCAUGGCAAAUCUCUGGCCUCCGCUAAUCCAUAUUCAUCGAAAGACUGGUAGUAACCAUGAGAGCUGGUUGAAAGGUUCGAUACUUACUGUUGCAAGCUGCAUAUCAUGGUCGGCGUGGUAUAUUAUGCAGGCAUUCAUCCUGAAAAGGUAUCCUGCUCAACUGUCGCUGACUACAUGGAUGAGCUUUCUUGGGGCUGCACAAUCAGCUUUUUUCACGCUGAUUGUGGAACGUAGAAAACUUGCUUGGACAAUAGGAUUCAACAUUGAUUUCUGGUCCACUGUGUAUGGUGGCGUGGUGGUCUCUGGUAUAAUAGUUCUGAUUCAGUUGUGGUGCACAGAAGUAAAAGGACCAGUUUUUGUCACCAUGUUCAAUCCCCUUUCAACAAUAUUAGUGGCAAUUUUGGCAUACUUUGUUCUUGGUGAAAAACUAUAUCUGGGAAGUAUACUCGGGGCAGCUGUUGUAAUCAUUGGCUUAUACUUGCUGCUGUGGGGCAAAGAAGAACAAAAAGGUUGCAGCAAAUCACAAGAUCGACCACUGUCCUGUUGUGAUGAGCAAAAGGAGACCAUGAAACGUACACUUGGUUCAGUUGAGAGUAAAAUAACUGCAAGCGAACCUUGAGGUCCAAAUUAUUUCUCAGAUAAAAGGAUCGAUAUUCAAUACCAUGUACAUCCACAUUCGAAAUAACAAAAAUAAUAAUACACAGCUAGUUAGCAUCAA